CGAAGAUAACGCAUUUCGUCAACCUCAGUAACUAUCACUAUGUUUUCUAUCACGGAUCUCAUAAUCACGUGUCUAAUGUAUCACACCGCUUAUGGUGUGGAUACGCAAGUCGUAGGCGGCACAAAUGCUUCAGCGGGGCAAUAUCCUUAUCAAGUGUCAUUGAGGCAAAAUGGAAACCAUUUUUGCGGUGGUGCCAUUAUCCACGAGAAAUUUGUUAUCACUGCGGCGCACUGCUUAUCGGGAAAGUCGCCAGACAAUAUUUCCAUCGACGUUGGAAGCAUUUAUCUUAAUAAUUCUGAAGCUAGAUAUUUGGCGCACAAACUAGAAAUACACCCUAAUUACAACGAAACGCUACACAUAAACGAUAUUGCUUUAAUUAAUCUAGCAAGCAAAAUUAGCUUUACUAAUAACACUAAAUUAAUAAAUUUAAUAUCUUACGAUUGUAAUUUCGAAGGUCUUGAGUUAAAUGUUACUGGCUGGGGAAGGCUUCAGCCAGACGGUUUAAUUUCGCAACAGCUUCAACAACUUGAAGUGUAUGGAUUUUCUCAAAAGGAGUGCACCGAAACGUACAGUAACUUCAGCGAUAAUCAUAUAUGCACCCUUAAUGCGUAUAAUCAAGGACUGUGCAAUGGAGAUUCCGGUAGUGCGCUUACUUACGAAGGCGACCUCGUUGGCAUCGUGUCCUAUGGUAGACAGCCAUGCGCCAGUGGAUAUCCAGAUGUGUUUACCAGAGUGUACUAUUACGAAGAAUGGAUUCAUAAAACUAUUAAUGCAGGCAGCAAUCAACAACUGAAUAUCAUUCUUGGAUCUUUUAUGACAUAUUUAUGUAUUUUAUUUAUGUAAAUAUGCAUAAAUGCACA